AACCAGGGUGUUUUGGGCAAAGUGAUACUCCCUAAUACUUCUGGGUGCAAGUGAUUCCUGGUGGAUUGUUUCAGCCUGUUGCUUCCUUGGUGGACUCUGAAUCAAGACCUUCAUCAGCCCUGUGAAGACCCGACCGAGGUAUCAGCCAUGCGGAUCCUGUACCUGCUCUUCCCCUUAUUCCUCCUGAUGGCUCAGGGUGCUGCAGGAUCCUCCCUGGCUCCAGGAAACAAGGCACAAUGUCUUCGACAAAAAGGCUUCUGUGCAGUUUUUAAGUGCCCCUUCCCCUUUGUCAUCAGUGGGCUCUGUACAAAGUUCUCAUUUUGCUGCAAGAAGUAA